UGCAAAUCCGAUGAAAUCGAAGCGUUGAAGAGAUUCCGAAACAACAGUGAACCGACUUGGCUGUUUGCCUCGCAUGGAAAAAUAGUAAACCUUAUGUUCGGAACCAAUGUUCCGAAACUGAUCAAUCUCAUCACUGAAGAGUUGGACAUCGAGCUAAAAUGUCGUGCCGGAGAAGUGGAACGCAAAUACUAUGAGCUGUAUGAGCUGACUCCCGAAGAGCAGGAACGGGAAGAUGCUCGGAAGGCGAUAGAAGAUGAGGCCGAGAGAAUAGAGCGGGAGGCUGCUAUCAAGAAGCGUCGGGAUUACAUUAUAAGUGUGACGGAUACCAUCAUGGAGAAUAUUCAGGACAUGGGAAUCACUUUAUUUAUGCCACAUGUCCACAAGGAUGUAUACAAAAAAUUGAACGAACUUGCUGAGAAGCAUGAUCUGCACUUCAAAGAGAAGCGCUUGGUAUAUUUGAAUCCAAAGAUGUUGGAAGUGCUUCAUUUCGACUGUGAAAACAGAAUGGAGGAUGAAAUUUUCGAGCACAUCUUCUACAAGGAAGUUCAAGGCUACGUUUGGAAACGUCAGGACGAUUUGAAUCGAGCUCCGGAGGAUGUCAUCGGUGAUUUUGUGCGCUACCUGACCGAACCCAACGAAGUCCUAGACAACGAUGGCAAUGUGGAAAAGGUGAUUCCACCGUUGAUCGAACCACUGGAGAUGCUUUUUAAUGCUCAUGAUGGCACCUGGAAGGUGAUCGAUAAGAAUCCCAAGAAGAAAAAAAGCGUCAAUUUGAAAGCUUCAGAAAGCACGUCUUCGAAGGAAACGUUCGACGAGGAAAGUUGCCCGAAAAUUUACGUCCCGGGUGUAUGGAGUCCCACCAAUCGAAGAGCAACGGCUGCGUUGUUCUAUCUGCUGUUCAGACAUUUGACCGAAAGUUUUCUCGGACCAGAUCCUGUUCCGGAACCGCCACACAUCUGUAUCGUAUUCGACGCCUACAAGAAGCGGGACGUCUUCGAGGUGAUCACCAAGUUCAACCGAGACGUGAUGGCUUACGGUUAUUUCACAUCCGGUGAUCCCAAGACAGCGGAGCUUAUUGCUAAAAAGACUGAACGCUACGUGCGUUUGAAGCCGAACGUCAACGAUAAGUUGAUUUUAAAGGUGGCCAAAGCCACUAGCCAUGCGAUGUUGGCCCUGACGGCCGUAGGACCGUGCUACAUCAGCCAGAACGCAGUGGAAGGCCAGGAAGAAUGUGCUCUUCUAUUUCCGCCAAAUUACGACAAUAUUGAAGAAGAGGCGGAAGCUGGAGAGGAAACAAAGAAGAAGCACAAAAAGAAACGCCGUGGAAAGAAGAGUGACACUUCAUUGUCGGCCUCGGAAUCGGCUACUUCGAGCACUCCGACCGCUGACCAAGGGGCUGAAGGUCAAGGUGAAGGUGAACUGGGAACCAUCGGAGAAGGAUCCACCGGAGAGGAAGGAGAAACAACAUCGUCGUCCACCAACUCACCAGAAAAAACCGGAGGUCCGGGAGAAGAAGGCGAAGAACAGAAGACUUAGACUACACGGAAUUGGUAUGGAUUUUUCUUUUUGUUCCACUUUUUCUAAGAGUGCUGUGGGUUGUUUUUUUUCUGUAUUGCAAGUAAAAUUAUGUGUUGUAUUUGCUUUUGUGUUUUAAUAAAAUAAAUAGAUAAAUCUGAA